AUGGCCACGGUAGACAACAUGGCGAGAAAUCCGACGUUCACACCGCAGGAGCUCAAUGUCCUAGUGGAUGAGGUGGAGAAGAGGAGGGAGGUUAUUUUCAGCAAAUUUAAGAGCACAGUGACCAAUGCUGAUAAAAAUCGAGCAUGGGAGGAGGUGGCCGACCGAGUUAAUGCAGUUGGUCUCGGCUACAAGCGCAAGGCUGAAUUGGUCCGCAAGAAGUGGAGAGAUUACUCCAGUAACACCAAGGUAAAGGCGGCAGCUUUGCGCAGGGAGCAGCAGAGGACAGGGGGUGGCCCUCCGUCGGCGGAGGGCCUCAGUCCUUUGGAAGAGCGUGUCCUCGGCGUCCUCGGCGCGGAAGCCCUGGAGGGAACACCAGCCCUCGUCCCGACCAUCCACCUCCUCACAGCCCGCUUCCCAACCCUGGAGACCCCCUCCCGCCCUGGAGAAUCCCCAACCCGCCGACACCCACCUCCACCAGCCUCUACGCCCCCGACCCGCCGAGACCCACCUCCACCCUCUACCUCCCCGUCCGGAUCACCCCGGUCCACCCGCACUACAUCCUUGGCGUCCCCUUACCCCAGGAGGCAGCAGCUCAGACGGUGCCGGGACCACUGUGACUGCUGCGACACCCUCCUGAGGUUAGAGGAGGAGAAGGUGUCCCUUCUCCGGGGGAUUCGUGAGGAGCUGUCGGCGCACAGGGAGCAGCAGCAGCGGCAGCAUGAGGAGACGAUGGUUUACAGAAGGGUGAAACUAGAUCUGCCGCGACGAGCCAGUGCCAGGCCAGCGGGUAGUGCCAGGCUAGCGGGUACUACCAGGCCAGUGGGUACUGCCAGGCCAGGGGAUCCAGCCAGACCAGCAGGUACUGCCAGACCAGCGGAUCCUGAAUGA